UGGUAUAUGCGUCGGCAGCACGAUGUGCGAUAGCAGCGAUUAGCUUCGUAAUUAAGUUAAACAUUUUUGUGCGUAGAAAGAAAUCAAAAGAAUGAGAUGGGUUUCAAGGGGAUUGUGUUUAUAAAGCCAAAAACUGAAAAUAUUUGAGAAUUUAGCAGAAAGAUUGCGUUUUUUUUAUGUUAAUUUGUGGAUUUGUGUAGCCGUAAAUCGCCUGAGAAAUUGAUUAUUCAGGUAAACCAUUGUUAUGUAUCUGUACUUGUAUUUAUAAUACUCCAACCCAUUUCAUCUCCAUACUUUCUUGAUCUGAUUCUACUAGUUUCUUGAUUUGAUCUUUUAUAUUUUCCAUGACUAGAUCAUCUUUGUUUUUGUUACUUUCUUGUUGGGUGUUUUUGAAUUCUUUAGUCAAGUCUGAUCCGGGUUCUAGUUGUUCGAAAUCAAAUACUUCUUUGAUUGAUUAUGAGACUCAAUUCUCUAUGAUACAACACCAAGUGAGAGGUGUUUUUACUAUUCUGGAUGAUUGUUCAUUUAGGGUUAGUAAGUUUGAUAUGCUUAAAGGAUCUGAUGUGCAUUGGUGGGGUUCAACUGGGGUUGAUUUUGAGAAUAUGACAAGGGGUUUUCUUCUGUCGGAUGAUAAGCUUGAUAAGACUUUUAGCAAUGAUAGUUUUGUUGUCAAUUUGAGGAAGAAUGUUAGUUGGGAUCUUGUUAAGGUUGUUUCGAUAUGGGAUGUACCUACUGCUUCUGAUUUUGGUCAUGUUGUGUUGGGGAAUUUGGGAGAUGGGUUGGAAGCUCCCGCACCUACACCGAGUAAUGGGAGCAGAGGUGGGGUUCAGAAUGUACCGACUAUGUUUCAGAAUUGUAAGCAAUUGUCGAGUGAUUUUAGGGUUAGGUGGACUUUGGCGGCCGAAGAUAAUGUGAUUGAUAUUGGGUUGGAAGCGGGGAUCGCGAUUCAAAAUUAUAUGGCAUUUGGGUGGGCAAAGCCCGGGUCUUCCAAUCCUAUGCUUGGUGGUGAUGUGGCAGUUACUGGGUUUACUGAUGAUGGUUUGCCAUUUGCUGAAGAUUAUUACAUAACUAGGUAUAGUCAGUGUAUGAUGACUGCUGAUGGUUUUCAGGGAGUGUGUCCAGAUACCUUUUAUGAACCAGCAGAAGAAGUUUCUUUUUUGAAUAAUACGAAGUUGGUUUAUGCACAUAGAAAAGAUGGGGUGUCAUUUAUUCGGUUUCAGCGGAUGUUGAAUUCAGAUGACAAGAAGUAUGAUGUGCAAGUAAAUUCUACCGAAAACAUGACUGUGAUUUGGGCGUUGGGGUCUAUGAAGCCGCCAGAUAUGCUGCGACCGUACUAUCUUCCGCAGAAGCAUGGCGAGUCUUAUGGUUAUCUCAAGAUUAAUGUUUCUGAGCAUAUAAAUGAUUGUCUGGGUCCAUUAGAUGCUGAAGAUAAGGAAGAUCAAGAUCUUCUCAUUGCAGAUGGUAAAGAAGCACUUGUUAUUUCAACUGGUCCAGCACUGCAUUACCCAAACCCCCCCAAUCCAUCUAAAGUUAUUUACAUAAACAGAAAAGAGGCUCCUCUCUUGAGGGUUGAAAGGGGGGUUCCUAUCAAGUUUUCGAUUCAAGCCGGGCAUAAUGUGGCAUUCUAUGUUACUUCAGAUCCCCUAGGUGGUAAUGCUACUUUAAGAAAUUUAACUGAAACUAUUUACUUUGGGGGGCCCAAGGCAGAAGGUGUCCAGUCCAGCCCCACAGAAUUAAUUUGGGCACCUAAUCGCAAUACUCCCGAUCAAGUCUACUACCAGAACCUUUUUACUCAAAAAAUGGGUUGGAAGGUUCAAGUAGUUGAUGGAGGCUUGCCAGAUAUGUAUAACAAUAGUGUUGUUUUAGAUGAUCAACAAGUUACUUUGUUUUGGACCUUAUCAGAAACUUCAAUAUCUGUUGCAGCUCGGGGUGAGAAGAAGAGUGGUUAUCUUGCUAUAGGUUUUGGUAGUGAAAUGGUGAAUAGUUAUGCUUAUGUGGGUUGGAUGGAUAGUAAUGGCACAGGAGGAGUUAGCACAUAUUGGAUUGAUGGCAGGGAUGCGGCAAAUAUUCAUCCAACAAAUGAGAAUUUGACAUAUGUGAGAUGCAAGUCAGAAAAUGGAGUAAUCACUCUGGAGUUCACUCGUCCCUUAAAACCAUCAUGUGAUCGUGAUGAAAGGCCUGAGUGCAAUAAUAUUAUUGAUCCUACAACACCUCUAAAAGUAAUCUGGGCUAUGGGUGCUCAAUGGUCAGGGAAACAUUUAAGUGAGAGAAACAUGCAUUCCAUAACAAGUAGUAGGCCUGUCCGUGUUCUGCUUGUAAGUGGCUCUGCAGAGGCAGAGGAGGAUUUAAGGCCGGUGUUGGCUGUUCAUGGCUUUAUGAUGUUUUUAGCUUGGGGAAUUUUGCUUCCAGGUGGAAUAUUGUCGGCAAGGUACCUGAAACAUCUGAAGGGUGAUGGAUGGUUUAAGAUUCAUGUUUAUAUGCAGUAUUCUGGAUUAGCAAUCAUCUUUCUUGGAUUUCUUUUUGCAGUGGCUGAGCUUCGGGGUCUAUAUCUUGAUUCAUUACAUGUUAAAUUUGGUAUGGGAGCCAUACUUUUGGCCUGUGUACAACCAGUAAAUGCUUAUUUGAGACCUAAAAAAUCUGCAAGUGGUGAAGUUGUUUCUUCAAAUAGAAUUCUGUGGGAGUACAUCCAUGUUAUUGUCGGCAGAUGUUCAAUAGUUGUUGGCAUGGCUGCUCUUUUUAGUGGGAUGAAGCAUUUGGGAGAGAGAUAUGAUGGUGAAAAUGUUCAGGGUGUCACCUGGGCUUUGAUUAUAUGGUUCUUGAUUGGUGUUUUAAUUACUUUAUAUUUAGAGUAUAGAGAAAAGCAACGAAGGAGGGAGAGCUUUUUGGCAAGAAGCAACUGGGUUCUUGGUAAUGGAGAAGAUGAGGAUCAUGAUCUCUUAAGUCCAAGUGGAAUGAGUGUUGAUAAAGAUUUGCAUCCUUCUGACAGGAUGGAAGUUCAACUAGAACCUCUAAAUAGAUAGACAGCUCUUUUGAAUAUAUUAUUUGUUAGUGAACUUUCCCUUUUCUCCAUUUUUGGGAUCUCCUUACACAUACAAGAUUUUGUUGGCUUGUUUCCUUGUUUAGAAGCCUUCUUGGGUGUUAGGAUUGAGGUUAACUAGCUAAUUACUACACACGGCUCCGUCUAUUUGCCUGGUAGAUUAUAUACUUUGUGAUUAUGUACUUUGUAUACUCCAUACAUUAAAGGAAGCUUAUCUACUCUCAUUCUGUUUCUUCCA